CACUUCCCGCUUCUAUAUAAACAAAACGAAAGCGAAAAUUCGCCAAACGAUCUUGUCUUGGACGCGCUCAGAAGUGAUCUCAAAGGUACCACCAAAUCGACCCCUUCAAGGUUCGUUGGAUCAGUUUGAGUGCGAGCUGUGAGAUUGUUCGCGAUCGGUGAAGAUGCGACCCCCAAGUCAAUACGGAGAAGGCGUAGUGGCCACGGAGGCCGAGGAGCCCGAUCCCAGGGCUGUUUCUAUGAUGAUCUACACUAGGUUGGCCGGCAGGGCUGUCAUAAGGGUCGUGGGGAGGUGCAACGAGGCCAAGGAGCACAGUAACUUGGAUCUCUCACGCUGCGAGCUCAUGCAAGUGCCGGACGCCGUUUACCACCUGAUGAGGCACACCGAGCUGAAAUCCUGCGAUCUCAGCGACAACGUGAUCACCAAAAUUCCGCCGAAAUUCGUGGACAAGUUCAGCCUCAUCAAACGGCUGAACUUGUCGCACAAUCAGAUGGCCAAGCUGCCGGAAGAGAUAGCCGAUCUGGGGUCGCUGAGCAGGCUGGACAUCUCCCACAAUUCCUUCAUCUCGUUGCCGAACAGCAUCUUCAAGAUACCCAACCUGAAGGAGUUGAAUGCCAGCAAUAAUCACAUAACAGAUGUGGAAGUGCAAUGUUUACAGGCCGCCCCAUCUUUAGAAACCGUAGAUUUGUCUAAUAAUCCACUAACGCGUAACUGUCACAACGAAUUAGAACGUUGUUCGAAUAUAAGGAUAAUACUAACACCGAGAGUGAUGGAAGAUUGGGAGGAUCUCACCAUUUAGAACUGGUAAUUUUACCACACAAAUUUAUCUUUUGGGUAUUUAUUUCUACUUAUACGAAAGAGUGAUAGUCUGUAAAUAAUAUGUGAGAGGUUGAGAUUGUAGGUAGCUAACUGAAGAAAAAUUGAUUGAAAGGAUAAUUCAACAAGUGUACCUUACCACUGAGUGAAUCUGGAACUUCAUCGAUAAAAUAAAACUAGAAGAAAUUAAGUCUGUGAAAUUUUAGUACCGAAAUUCAAAUAUAAUAACACAACAAAACAUAUUCACAUUUACAGUCGAAAGUAGCUCAAUCAACAAUAAAUCCUUUCAUUCUAUGAAUUUCUUCUCAACUACAGAAAUAUAGAAUAUUAGCACUAAAGUGUUCUAGUCAUUAUAUAUGAUGAGACCUCAUAAUAUUAACGUUUCCUCUUGAUUUAAGUCAAUUUAAUCAUUUUCCCCCUCUGUAAAAUUUUCUGUCUCGUCCAUAUAUUUUCAGCCAAAGAUCCUUCCCACAAGAAUCCAUAACUCUCAACUAUAUAAAAUGAUUUCUUGUGAUAACCUAAACUUAUGCUCAUAAAGAAUGAAUAUAUAGAUUAAUGUAACAUUAGUUAGGUAUUAUGGAGAAAUAUUUGAGUCGUUAAAUGGAAAUGAGUCGAAAACAAGACAAAUCAAUCAAAUUAGGGGCUGUCGCUAGCCUUUCUGGCACCCUAGCCACAGAUAAGGGAGUAGCUAGGCACAAUUCGAAUACAUAUCAGACGCAGAAGAAAGCUUCAAAAAUACCGACUCAUUCAACUCACCUUCAAUUUGUAAUCCUCAAAUCCAAAAACGAAUGUAAAUAGAACAGCCACACUACACUCAAACACGAUAUAAUUAUUUUAAAUUAAUUGUGGUACGAAAUAUGAAAUGAAAAUAAAAACCAGAGACAACCAUACAAACCUUUUUUGAAAUAUCAUAGAAGCCGCCCCAAAAAUUAAACAUCAUCGAUGACAUUCAACACGAACAAGAAAUUUCAUUGAACAAUAGCAAGACAAAUUCCUUCUUAAGUUUCAUUUUCGACUCAAAAAUUGUUCAGAUAUUCUCGUUGUAGGUUGUAGCACAGUGAAAUGAUAUUUUUCGCUGGAAAAAUUAACCUGUGACAAAUUAUUGUGAUACGGUACUGUAUUUAUUUUAGAUAAUUUUGUCAUGUGCUUGCUCCUUGUAGUUAUAGAAGUUGACGUGAGAUAUUUUUAAGUCAUACCCAUUACUCAUUUCUGCCAUCCAUUGGUAUUAUAACUAGAUAAUUAAUAAAUGCGACUUUGUAAUUUUUGUAUAUUUUUUUUACAUGAAUAAAUUUUUUCACUACAA